CUUCCCUUUUUCGCUGUUUUUUUUCUUCUCUCUCUCUCUCUCUGUCUCUUCCUUCUGGGCUUCUAGGGUUUGUCCUCUCCCAGUCCCCGAUUUUCGCUUUAUCCGAUCGGCCGCCGCCGAGAUUCUAGAUAUACCUAUGGCAAUGGAGGUUACCCAGUUACUCAUUAAUGCUCAGUCGAUUGAUGGAACUGUACGUAAGCAUGCUGAAGAAAGUCUCAAGCAGUUUCAGGAGCAAAACCUUGCAGGUUUCUUGUUGUCGCUUGCUGGAGAGCUUGCGAACGAUGAGAAGCCAGUAGAUAGCAGGAAAUUAGCUGGUUUAGUCCUUAAAAAUGCUCUUGAUGCUAAGGAACAACACAGGAAGUAUGAGCUUGUUCAGAGAUGGUUGGCUCUAGACAUGUCAACAAAGUCGCAGAUCAGAGCAUUCUUGUUGAAGACACUAUCGGCACCUGUGCCCGAUGUUCGUUCGACAGCAUCCCAGGUUAUUGCCAAGGUUGCAGGUAUUGAGUUACCACAGAAGCAGUGGCCUGAGCUCAUAGUGUCUCUUCUCUCAAAUAUUCACCAGUUACCAGCUCAUGUCAAGCAAGCCACUUUGGAGACUCUUGGAUACCUAUGUGAAGAAGUGUCACCUGAUGUUGUUGAACAGGAGCAUGUAAAUAAGAUACUCACAGCUGUUGUUCAGGGUAUGAAUGCUGCUGAAGGUAAUAAUGAUGUUAGACUUGCUGCAACCCGUGCUUUAUACAUGGCUCUGGGAUUCGCCCAAGCAAAUUUCAACAACGACAUGGAGCGUGAUUAUAUCAUGAGAGUCGUGUGUGAAGCAACCCUGUCCCCUGAGGUGAAAAUUAGGCAGGCGGCUUUUGAGUGUUUGGUAUCUAUUGCUUCCACAUACUAUGAGAAGUUGGCGCAUUAUAUGCAAGAUAUAUUCAACAUCACGGCUAAGGCUGUAAGAGAAGAUGACGAGUCUGUUGCUCUACAGGCAAUUGAGUUCUGGAGUUCUAUUUGUGACGAAGAGAUUGACAUCCUAGAAGAAUAUGGUGGUGAGUUCGCUGGGGAUUCUGAUGUGCCAUGCUUUUAUUUUACUAAGCAGGCUCUACCUGGGCUUGUGCCUCUACUGCUGGAGACUCUUCUUAAGCAAGAAGAAGAUCAAGAUUUGGAUGAAGGAGCUUGGAAUAUUGCAAUGGCAGGUGGGACAUGCCUCGGUUUGGUUGCCAGGGCAGUUGGAGAUGACAUUGUACCACAUGUCAUGCCGUUUAUUGAAGAGAAAAUAUCAAAGCCUGAUUGGAGAGAGCGAGAAGCUGCAACUUAUGCUUUUGGUUCCAUUUUGGAAGGCCCUUCUGCAGAUAAGUUGAUGGCAAUUGUUAACGCAGCGUUAACAUUUAUGCUCAAUGCUCUAACAAAUGACCCAAGCAACCAUGUGAAAGACACAACCGCAUGGACCCUUGGUCGGAUAUUUGAGUUCCUUCAUGGUUCAACAAUCGAGACACCAAUUAUUACCCAGGCAAACUGCCAGCAGAUUAUCACAGUACUCAUCCAGAGCAUGAAUGAUGCGCCUAAUGUUGCCGAGAAGGCUUGUGGGGCUCUAUACUUCCUUGCUCAAGGCUAUGAGGAUAUCGGUCCCAAUUCUCCGUUAACACCCUUCUUCCAGGAAAUUAUUCAGUCACUUUUAGCUGUUGCACACAGAGAGGAUGCAACUGAAUCACGCUUGCGGACUGCAGCAUAUGAGGCAUUGAAUGAAGUUGUCAGGUGUUCGACUGAUGAAACGUCGACCAUGGUUCUGCAAUUAGUACCAGUGAUAAUGUUGGAGCUUCACAAUACUUUGGAAGGGGAAAAGCUUUCAUUGGAUGAGAGGGAGAAACAAAACGAGUUGCAGGGACUUCUAUGUGGAUGCUUGCAGGUCAUCAUACAGAAAUUAGGAUCUGAACCAACCAAGUCUGCUUUCAUGCAGUAUGCAGACCAAAUGAUGGGACUUUUCUUGAGGGUGUUUGGUUGUAGAAGUGCAACUGCACAUGAGGAAGCCAUGCUUGCCAUUGGUGCUCUUGCUUAUGCAGCAGGUCCGAAUUUUGCCAAAUACAUGCCUGAGUUUUACAAGUACUUGGAAAUGGGUCUUCAAAACUUUGAAGAAUACCAAGUGUGUGCUGUUACUGUGGGUGUUGUUGGGGAUAUCUGCAGAGCAUUAGAGGACAAGAUUUUACCUUAUUGCGAUGGGAUUAUGACGCAGCUUCUGAAAGAUUUGUCGAGCAACCAGUUGCACCGAUCAGUGAAGCCACCGAUAUUCUCCUGUUUUGGUGACAUAGCACUUGCCAUUGGUGAGGAUUUUGAUAAGUACUGGAGGUAUUCAAUGCCGAUGCUUCAGAGCGCCGCAGAGUUAUCUGCUCACUCGUCUGGAGCCGAUGAUGAAAUGACGGAGUACACAAACUCAUUGAGAAACGGAAUCCUUGAGGCUUAUUCAGGCAUCUUUCAAGGUUUCAAGAACUCCCCCAAAACCCAGCUGCUGAUUCCUUUCGCACCCCAUAUCCUCCAGUUUUUGGACAGUAUAUACAUGGAGAAAGACAUGGACGAGGUGGUGAUGAAGACAGCGAUUGGGGUCUUAGGAGAUUUAGCAGAUACACUAGGGAGUCAUGUGGGUGGUUUGAUACAACAGUCAGUGUCAAGUAAAGAGUUCUUAAACGAAUGUUUGUCUUCUGAAGACCACACAAUUAAAGAAGCAGCCGAAUGGGCGAAGCAUGCCAUUACCCGUGCCAUAUCUGUUUGAAGGCUCUUCUUUGCCUAUAAGAAAGAAAAAUUCGUUUUGCUUUUUAGUAAAGUCUGCAUGCAUCUCUGGGUGGGUUGAGUCGGUCGGGGGAGGGGUAGAGCUGCAACAGCCGAGUCACAUCAGCAUCAGCAUCAGCAUCAUCGUCAUCAGUUUCAUUUGCAUCAUCAGCAUUACUGGGGUCAGUCAGGGAAUCAUUGAGUCGUGGAUGGGGGAAUGAUGAGUUUUGGGUAAAUAAUGAAACUGGAGGAGUCGCGGGUGAAACCAUCCCGGGUAAGGUUAAAGCCCUGGGAGUAGGAAGAGGAGGAAGAGUUGUGGUCGUUUUCUGGUGGUUUUGGGGAUAAAGUUAUACCAAAAAAAAAAAAAAAGGUUUCAUGGAACAUCUCAUAAUACAUUCUUGUUUUUCUUUUCUCUCAUAUGUUCUUCAACCCCUUGAGGAGGGAAGGUCUCAGGUUUUUAUCAAGUGGGGGCAUUAUUAGAGGACAAUCCCUUGAUUUUUUUUUUUCUUCUUUUUUCUUUUAUUAUUUGGUUAGUUGCAGUCUUUGCAUCAUCAUUUUGUCUUUUGGGGGGUUUGUAUGUUUGAUUUAAAGCAUUAUUCACAUUUUUAUUUUUAUAUAAAGAAGUUUCACAUGUCUGUCUCUCUUCUCUUUGUUAUGCAGUUUUGGGGUUUUUGCAUAUAUACUUGUGUUUUGUUUUGCAAUUAAAGUUUAUAUAUUAUGUCACAUACAGGAACAUUUAUAUGGUGUCAUGUCUUAGGGUCUUGAAGAGGUCCACGUCUAUUUAUUUUAGAAUGAAACUGUUUUUAAUCUUUUAGAUUCCAUUAUUUGAUUUGGCUCGAAUUAUAUGGGAAAGGUCACAUGUUAAUAGGAGAAAACGCCCUGCCGUGCUCUGCUUCCAAAGAGUCAAGUUAAGAGAAGAAGAACAUUUCACAUCACGUUGCUUACAAUCUCGUUUAUGAAUUACCUCAAUUUUGAUUGUUUGUGUUGCUUUUUUUGGUUUUCCAAAUGAUCCUUUAUGUUUUAGACAUUUUAAACAAAUGCCAAAUGUAACCGAUACAGAACCUAUAUUUUGAAAAUGUUUUCAUGUGUUUUUGAAA